AUGGUUGUUUUAAAUUCCAUUCUCUUCAUCUGUUUCUUUCUCUUGCAAUAUAGCACAGCUGUAGACAAAAUUACAGCUACCAAAUUUCUUACAGACCCUGAUACUAUAAUCUCCAGUAAUGGUGCUUUUAACCUGGGUUUCUUUCAGCCCCCUAACACUACAAACCGUUAUGUGGGGAUCUGGUACAGCAGACUCCAUAUCAAGAAUGUUGUAUGGGUGGCCAACAGGAAUAACCCUUUGAAUGAUUCCUCUGGUGGGUCCAUUAGAAUUUCCGAGGAUGGUAAUCUACGAAUCUUGAAUGCUCGAAACCGCACACUUUGGUCCUCGAAUGUUUCUGUGUCACACCAAUUUUAUGGUAACUCAGAAGCACAGCUCUUGGACUCAGGCAACCUAGUUCUGAUGGGACCUAAAGGAAUGAUCUUAUGGCAGAGUUUUAAGCACCCAACUGAUACAGCCUUGCCAAAUAUGAAGCUUACUGUCACCAGAAACAGUGACAUCAGGAUGAUGUUGCAGGCUUGGAAUGGCCCUUCCGACCCAUCUUACGGGAAGUUCUCGGUUGGCAUUGAUUCUUUUGCCUUCCCACAACUUGUUAUAUUUAAUGGUGAUAAGCCCUAUUGGAGGAGUGGUCCAUGGAACGGCCAAAUCUUUAACGGAAUACAAAACAAUGGUUCUGAUAAUUUUAAUGAUGCUGGAUUCAUUCUUGAGAAUGACAGGCAAGGCACCAUUUCUUUAACAUAUUCUUAUGCAAAUGAGUCAUUGUUGUCGAACUACGGCUUGAGCUAUACAGGAAUUUUGACUCAGAGAUGGUGGGAUGACAGUAAGAAAGAAUGGAGGGUCGCAUGGAAAGCGCCAAAUACGCAGUGUGAUAUUUAUGGAAAGUGUGGAGCAUUUGGAAGUUGUAAUAAACUGAAUUCUCCAAUUUGUUCGUGCUUGAAAGGAUUCAAACCAAAAAAUAAGUUAGAAUGGAGUAAAGGAAACUGGAGGAACGGAUGCAUAAGAAAAAUGCCACUGCAAUGUAAUAGUGAAGGGGGGAAAGAAGACGAGUUUGUUAGACUAGUGGCAAUUAAGGUGCCAGAUAAUGCUGACUGGUUAAUUGGAUUGGAUGAAGAUGAGUGCCGAAACCAGUGCUUAAGGAACUGUACGUGUGCAGCUUAUGUAUUUGAAUCAGGUGCUGGAUGUAUGUCAUGGAAUAGAGACUUGGUUGACACAGAAGAGAUGCCUGAAGGUGGGAUGGAUCUUUACAUAAGGCUAGCACAUUCUGAGCUAGGACAUGACAGUGAAAAAACAGCAGUUAUUGCAGCAACAGGAAGCAUAGGAGCAGCUACAAUUGUUACCCUUGUAUUCAUUCUGUGGAGAUGGCAUGCCCUGAAAAAACAAGGGAAGAAACUUCAGUACAGAAAACCAGAGUCAGAUAUUUUUGGAGUAGACGAAAAUCAUGCUCAACUGGAAGAGGUUCCAUUAUUUGAAUUCAAAAAGGUGGUAACAGCCACAAACAACUUCCAGGAAACAAAUAAGCUUGGACAAGGUGGAUUUGGUCCAGUUUACAGGGGAAAAUUGGAAGAUGGACAAGAGAUUGCCGUCAAGAGACUUUUAAGAUCCUCAGGACAAGGAGACAAAGAGUUUAUGAACGAGGUGGCAGUAAUUUCUAAGCUUCAGCACCGAAAUCUUGUCAGACUACUGGGCUGCUCUGUGGAAGGAGAAGAGAAAAUGUUGAUAUAUGAGUACUUGCCAAACAAAAGCUUAGACACGCUUCUCUUUGAUCCAACAAAACAUGAACUACUACCCUGGGUGAAACGCUACAACAUUAUUCACGGGAUAAGUCGGGGCCUCCUAUACCUUCACAGAGAUUCUAGAUUAAAGAUCAUUCAUAGAGAUCUCAAAGCAAGCAAUAUUUUGUUGGACGAAAACCUAAAUCCAAAAAUUUCAGACUUUGGCAUGGCCAGGAUUUUUGGGGAAAAACAAGAUCAAGAUGACACGAGAAGAGUGGUUGGAACAUAUGGAUAUAUGUCUCCGGAGUAUGCAAUGGGAGGGCGAUUCUCUGAAAAGUCAGAUGUAUUCAGCUAUGGAGUUUUGUUAUUGGAGAUUCUGAGUGGAAAAAGGAAUAGUCUGUUCUGGUAUGAAGAAAAGUCCCUGAGCCUACUAGGAUAUGCAUAUAAACUGUGGAAGGAGAACAAUGUCGUAUCAUUCAUUGAUCCAGCCAUCGCUGAAACAUGCUUCCUGGGAGAGAUUCAGAAGUGUGUAUGGGUAGGUCUAUUAUGUGUGCAAGAAUUUGCUGAAGACAGACCAGACAUUGCAAUUGUUAUCUCCAUGCUUCAUAGUGAAAUUGCAGAUCUUCCAUGUCCGAAACAACCUGGCUUCACUCACAGUCAAAAAUCAAAGGACCUUGCCUCGUCCUCCAAACAAAGCGAUCAAACUUUAUCUGCCAAUAAUGUCUCUAUUACAGUUUUAAGUGCCCGGUAACACAUGGGUUAUGUAAAAACACAACACUUCAAUGGUCAUGUAACUAGCUAACUUAUAUUGGUUCGGUGGCUAGUAUCUUUCUAGUGAUACUAUAGUGGUUAUCACUGAUGAAAGGAUUCCCUUCUACACUCAACAAGUCUUUCUUUAUUGAAUCAUUAAUAGAUGUACACUAUUAUCUCAUC